AGGAACCGAGGGAGUUGUGGGCGGCCUGUUGACGAGGGAGGGGGCAAAGCAAUGGACGAAGGUUCGCUCGUCUGUCCCCGGUGCCGUGGCGGUGCCUACAGAGCGAGGGAUCGUUACGACGCCGUGUAAACGAGAACAAGUUUAGCUGGCGACUGUGUUGUUGCACGAGAACGAGACUCGAUGGCGGCGUUUAGCGAGACGGCCGAGUUGGAGAAUGAGGUGCUGGAAGCUGGUCAAGUGUACCUGCUUAUGAAGAAACAGUAUCGCAUCUCUCGGAACAUGCGCUCAGCGUGGUUUUUUUCAAAUCUCAACCGGAUUGUAGCCCCAACACCCCUACACGAGCUGGAGAGUGGUGAUGGUGAUCUACUCGUGCUGUCAGUGCUGCCCAAGGGCUGGCAGCCUGAUGACAGCCCUCCUUGUGGCUCGGCUACUGCCGAUGAUGAUCGUGGAGGAGGAGUGACGCCCCCAUGCCGUCUUGUCCCGUCGAGUCACGUGAUCUUCCUCGCGUGCCGCUACCGCUUCGUUAUCGCUCUCGACCUCAGCCCCUCCACAGCCGUUGUGGAUGAUUGGUGUGGAGAGAUCGUGUUCGACCGUGUGUUCCGCACGUUGGCGCUGUGUCUGCGUCGUCUGGCACGUCCUUUCCUCGUCCCCGGAACGAGGAAUUUGUUUCGGCCAGAGAUCUUCAUCACUGUGCUCGCCUACUCGCCCUUCAUGGCGUCGGGAUCGCAGCAGGUGCUGGUGCAGGGGUGCCGGCUGGACCGCGUGCACCUCCCCUCCUUCCUGCAUGACGUGCGGGUGCAGCUGAUGCAGUUCGAGGGCCACGUCGCAGAGUUUCUGCAGAAGCAGCGGGAGCCCAUGAUGGCACAGGACGAUGGCGACGCUCCCAUCUCCCCACCGCCUUUCCCCUCCUCUCCCACUGGCCCCACCGCCCCAGCCCCUUUGGUCCGACCCCCACCCUCCGUGCCCCCACUUGGCGCCGGUGUGGAGCGGCACCUGGCAGAACCCGUGGUUAUGGUGACGGCGGACGUGGGGCUUGUGAGCGUGCUGCGCUAUGGGGUGCUCGCCCUGCAGCUGCUGCCCGCCAACACGAGCUCUGGUAUCAUCGUGAUCACGGACGGGGUGACGAGCAUACCUGACAUCAACUACUGCGACAUGCUGCUCACGCAGCUGCGCAAUAGCACCGUUGCCUGCUCCUUCCUGCAGGUGGGAGGUGUCUUCUCUUACGACUGCAACUUUGGCCACGUCCCGAAUGUGGAGAUGAUGCGCUUCAUCGCCACAGCGACGGGAGGCACCUAUGCGGGACCUGAAGUCUUUCAUGGGGACAUUGAUGACUACAGCCGUGAAGACGACGUUUUUGAGGGCGGAGGGCAGGAGUGUGCACAGGAGUGGCAGGGGAGGAGGGAGAGUGGGAGCUGCAUUGUUAAAGAGGAGGUUGGGACAUUAGGAGAUGUGCUGCUGCAUCAGCAGGAGGUGGUAGGAGCGGGAGCCAAGAGUGGUCGUCGGUCAACGGGUAGCUUGGCGAUGACGGCCUACCACAGGGCUUUCCUGACGUACAGCUUCAUGGAGGCAGCAAGAGGUGGUGGUGUCGGAGACAUGUGCGGUGCGGAGCAUCGGCUGUUUAAUGAGCACCUGGCGUGGGCUAGCGCCAAUCCUGCGCUGGCGACACGGCGGAAAAAGCACACCGAGCGUGAGGUUCACGCGGAGCUGGGCAGCAUCGUGUCGGUGCGGCUCCGCGAGGGCUACAGCGUGAGGGAUGUGGCUCUCACCAAGGGAGGUUCCCAGAUCGAGGUGAAGCUCGUGUUGCCAUGGAAACACAACCUUCGAAUCGAGUACUGCGUGUCGGCUCCCUGGCCUCAGCACCGCUCUCCUCCGCCAUCAUCACCGCUGCUCGUCCCAACGACAGGAGCAGCAGCAGCACAUCCUCUCUCCCACUGCAGCUCUACCACUACCUCGUCAAUAUCGUCAACAUCCUCCUCAUCAUCAGUCCAAGCCUCAACAUCGUCAUCGACCACCAACACAUCAGCAUCGCACUUUGUGUCAACUUCCACAGCAGCUUCCUUAUCAGCUGUCACCUCUACCACUACUUCCACCGUCACCUCCACUUCUACCUCAUCAUCGAGUGCGGUUGCUGGGCACUCGAAUUCAACAGUGUCGUCAUCUUCAUCAUCUUCGUUGGCAACGGCGGGUGGAGCAGGGACUGCUCGUGGCGGGUCCGCCGUGCAGCCUGUGUGCUUAACCGAGGUGACAAUGGAGGGCGGGUAUGAGGUGCUGCACGACAUCACCUGCACCAUGAGGAAGCCGAUCGCCUCUCCCUAUCGCAUGGCUGUGGUUCGCAAAUUCUGGCAGACGCUGCUCGGCAUUGCCCAGACCGACCAGCUGCUCGUUCACCUGCAGUCGUUCAGCAGUAACCCAGCAUUCUACACCGUGCCGGAGAGCACACGGAACGGAGUGCCCCUCUUCUACCUCCCACCGGGCUCCAGCACCCCUGUGCUGUCCCUGCAGCAGAGUGGGCUGGGCAAGGACUCGAGCCAUGGGCAGUUCUCAGGCUACUGGAAGCCCGUGUUCUCUCUCGAUGUGGGCAAACUCCAGCGGUGGAUGCACCUGCAUCGCAUUGGGGUCCUGUUGCAACAUGACAUGCCUGUGCCACGUUUCAUCCACACCCCCAAUUCAAACGGCCGUUUUGCCACGGUGCAAAGUCGAGUGGCAAUGUCAGCCCUCACCUCCCUCCUGCGUACGUGGAGCUCCUUUGUGCUGGUGGAGGCAAACUCCUACGUGAAGCUCGUAGAUUUACCAAAUGGUUCGGUCACGUUCUACCUGGUGCGGAUUUCAGCAAAAGCUCCUUGUGUCGUCCUCCGCUUGGCGUUUCCGCUUGAGACUCCAGCUUCAACGCGCAACAAGGUUGUGGACGACCUGAGGAAACAGAUUUGGGAGAUGAGUUUUCCACAGCGCGUGCUGCAGCAGCCGCAGCCGCAACCGCAGCAGCAGCAGCAGCAACAGCCAGAGGAAGUGCAAACGGGCAAGAGCAAGACGUGUUUGUUCACAGAAAGCCCCGCAGCUUCAAAAUCCAGUCAGCCGCCACCCUCUUCAGACCGUCCUUGUGCUGUGCUGCUGACAAAACCCGUGGAAAAAUUGCUGAUUAGGUAUGAGCGAGCCCCCAUCGACUACCUGUCUCCUCCUGCUCCAGCGCCUCCGCUGCCCAUGAUGCAGCAGCGGCAGCCCCCGCUGCUACUGGCAGCCUCUGCUGCUGUCCCCGGCUCCCCGUGCUCGGCACUCGCUCACUACUUCACUCACCGCCGCUGGGUAUUCAGCGUGGAACCACUGGCUUCCUCCACCACCUCCGCCAACGCCUCAUCGACCACCUCCCCCACCUCCUCAUACACGGCUGUGGUCAUGGCAGCCUGCACCAGACUUCUGCAGACACUCGCAGAACUCCGUCUUGCUGAGGGCUUCAACUUUGCAGCGAGUGGGGAUGGGGUCGUUUCUAUGGUGACAGAGUUGCCCAUGAAGGCAGAGUGUGAAGGUCAAGCCGAUUGCGAUGAGGUGCAGACCUGCCUGGUUCAGUAUGUGCUCUUCCCCCCUCUCAGCAGCUCACCCAGACACACGUUUUCAACUGAUGAAGAUGGCGAUGAUGAUGGUGAAGAUGACUGCAAUGGUGACCUCUUGGGUUCUGAUGGAGAGGUAAUGCUUCUUGUCUCAACCGAGUGCUGGUUGGAGCCCCUUUCAGGCCGGGUAUCAAUCCCACCUGAACGCUACGCGCAGCAGUCGCACCUGGACGGACUUUGUUACACCGACAUCGCCCAUGCAAUGCACCCUCGUGAUAUCGACUGUGUCAACACUCUGCUGACCAGUGAACUGCUCGCCUUCCUGUGCAACAACCCAGAUGCUCACUAUGCAACCAACCGUGCCAUACAGCCCCUAGUUAAGCAGCAGAGUGGGGCCAGCACUUUGUGGCACAUACCUUUCCGAUUUGAUCUCAUGUGCCUCCUGCCCAAGUGUCGACAGGCGGAAAUGGUGUUCAACACCUACAGCACUGAUUAUUCAUGGCCCGACUCUUCAACCACUGGCUCCACUCACCCAUCUGAUUGGCUCCUGAGCCUCUUCCAUACCAGCCUAUCAGAUGCCCUUUCUCUCCGUGAAAUCCCAUUGGACGAGGGUGAUCAUGUGACCUUUGUGAAGUUGGUUCUCGAGAGGAACAGGGGUGGCCAUAAACCUCUCUUCAGCAUGCCGACGCAAGGAGUGGAGUCGGAUAAACAGGAAUCUCCCGUAUUGAAUGCCAGCAAAGACAGCACAGAGACGACGAUUCCGACGACUACAGCAAAGGGCACAGGAAUUGCGCGAUGGCGUUGUUACGCCAAAGCCACGGGAUCUGGGCACACACUCGUCUUUGUGCCGGCGUCAUUUACAGACCUUCAAUUACUCUUGGGAACCAAUCCACAUACAGUCAAUCCGGAUCCUGUACUACAAGCUUCGGAUCCAGUUGUUAAUGCAGUACAAACAGAGGAGUUGGUUCCACUACCUGUAAAUCCAAACCAGGAUCCUGAUCAAGUCGUCAAGUCUCCAGCAGGCCGCCCUGCAUCCCAGGAUCACCCCCACCGCUCUUCCCACUCGCUCGCUUUGAGUCGCCAGGGCUCGCUGCUCGAACCGUCUCCUAGCAGCAAUGGGCUCAGGUUUCCGGUUUACAUCUACAGCCACUCUGUUGACAGCCUCCGUGAGACACUCACAGCGACUCCCAGCCUCUCCCUGCCCUUCCUCUACCAAGCAGAAAUGUCUUCGUCGGGUGGAGAAGACAUGUUUUUCUGGUGUUCGUCUGAGGAGGGUAGCGUUGACCUGUCGUCACGGCAACAUCGGGAAAAGGAGCUCAUGGUGGUUUGUGAGCUGGUGCAGGAGGUGUUCCACCAGAGCUUCAUGAAAGGUCUGUUCCACUGCUUGCGACGGUCGGUUGCCGUCGCAGCAUCAGACGUCCUCUCCGCCAUUGACUUCUGUGAGGAGACGCUCACCGAGGUGGACAUUACGGCGUUCCUGCAGGCGCUGUGUGGCCACGUGCGUCCCCGUCCUCCUGCCAAAGCCGCCACAGCAGCUGGGAGGACGAUGGUGGUGGUGGUGGUGGUGAUGAUGGUGAUGCUGACGGUGAAGGAGACGAUGUUGGUGAUCUGCACACCUCCUACUGCUGUUGCUGUCACAAGGAACAUGAAAGCCUUAGAGGAGGAGUUUCUGUUGUGGCUGAGGCUGUGGAGACGGGGAAAAACUUGGCAGCCUGAUGAUGGGGGCGGUGUUGCGAGUAUGGACAAGGAUCCAACGGCUACAAUAAGUGUGCUGCCUGGCUCGUCACCGCACGCCGCUGCCUCCAGUCCCCUCUGCCCUCAUCUUGCCUCGUCGCCCAUCACCAGCCAUGAUGACCCAUGCCAGCCCUUGCCCAACCUACACAGUGCUAUACAGGCAAAAUUUUUGGAAAUCAGCAGUCGAUUUUUCAAGAGCAUCCCUUCCAAUCCCGCCUUCUUUUUCUACUGUCCAACCUCACCUAAGAAAGAGAACGAGACUCAGGGCGCCAAGAGAAAAUCGCGGCGCUUUGGCAAAGCCGAGGGAGUCUCCGAGACAGAGGGGAGCACUGGAGUACGACGAACCUCCUUCUCUCUGACCGAGAGCGAUGCCGAUAUCGUUGUCGAAUACCGUGACGAGCAUAACACGGGAGGGGAUGCCGCCACCUCCACCUGGCGCCAAGGCCCACGCAAAGGCCCUGAUGACGAUGACGAGGAAGACGAUGAAGAGCUAGAGGAUGAUGAUGAAGAUGAUGGUGAUGAACAAAAGGACGAUAAUGGAGAAGUAGAAUUUUCAUCAGAUGGAACUAUUGACGCUGCAGACCGGGAAAAUGACUUCGAAAUUGAUGACGAUGAUGACGAAGAUGACAGUGAUGGUGACGGCUGUGGUGAUGAUGGUGGAGACGGCGGUGAUGGAUUGCCACCAUUGUUCAUCCACCUGACUUGCUCCGUCAGUGUUCGGAACCAGCACUGUUCCAUGCCUGUGCGCACGCUGCCCACAUGCCUUGGGGAGGUGUUGGGAUGGCUGGAAGGUGUGGAUCUGAGGAAGUUUAGUCUCAAGGACUUGACGGUCACAUUGGACAUCAUCAUCCUCACCCUGCCACUUGAAAUUGAGGAGUCGCCACUUGGGAUAUCGCAUAACAGGUACGCGUCUGAGAACAGCGCCUUCAUACACCGCUCGCCAGCACAGGGCAGCUCCUACCGGUCGGACGAGGAGAACAUCCUGCACGGCCCACUGCUCCCCUCGGCCAUUGCCGAGCUACGUGAGGGAAUACCGACCCCCUUGUCCAACCUGACGGAGACACACAGGCAAGCCGUCUUGGACACCGUCGAGGAGGUGCGCUGGCUGCUUCGCGACGAGGUGGUGUCGGCUCUGCGCGUGUCUCGCUCCACGUCGCGCCGCUCCCUCGCCUCGGUGGCCGCCCAUGUGUCGCGCUCACGGGACCGCCCCUCCUGCCUCACGGAGCACGUGGCGCUGCAGUUUGUGUUCGGGCCCGACCAGUCCAUGAGUCGCUUCAUGCGGGAGCUGGAGUCAAUGGACAUGGGACAGAAAUAUGAGCUCCUUCGAUCUGGAGAAUUUCACUUUGUGGCCCUACGGGAAACACGGGACACAGAGCCCUCGCUCAACGCGGAUAUCGGCAACACUACCAGCGUUGAAGCCCCUGCAGCCACCGCUAGUGGUGGGGGGGGUGGUGGUGGUGAUGGUGGUGAUGGUGGUGGUGUUCAUGAUGCUGCCAGUGCUGAUGGUGUUGCAGUUGAUAGUAGGGCUCGUGAUGAUACUGAUGCCAUAGCAGAUACUGAUGCCAUAGCAGCAGCAGCUACUGCUGCUGUCGAUGUUAGUGCUGUUGAUUCUAUUUCUGUUGAGGCUGCUGUUGACGGUAGCGUCGUUGACCCUGCUGUUGAUGGUGCAGCUCACGAUGACACUUGCUGUGACUGCUCUGUUGACACCACCACCACUGUCACCACCAACGUCAUCGAAGACAGUAGCUCAAAUGAUGGCAUUACCUCUCCCACGCCUGCCAUAGACGUCCAUAUUGAAGAUAGCGAAGAAAGCGUCGUCACGAAAGACGCGCCGAAUUCACCAGAGGGUGAAGAAUCUCUCUCUGCGGAACGUGCUGCCUCUGACACCGGCCGAGAAUGCAUUGUGGAGGGUGACACCGAGAUGGGCCGGCGAGGGGGGCCUGAGGACCCCGUGAGGCGUCCACCGCUCAUGCCGGACUUCUGGCUCAUCCUGCGCGUUCAGCCAGACCGAGUCACUGUCUUCACGCACUCCAGGAGUCUCGUCGUCUCAUUGGGCUCUAUGGCUCAUACCUCGCCCUUGUCGUCGUCAUCAUCAUCAGCAGCAUCAUCAGCAUCUUCAUCAUCGUUGUCAUUGGCAGACAAUGAGCCCGAAUUCCUUUCAGUCCACCUAAUGGUCGUGAAGAAAAUUGCUGAGAUUUGUCGUGUGGUGAACCAGAGCCUUCUCCUUCAGGACCUUCAUGACACGCGCUGCUGUAACUCUCUGCUCGUGGCCGAAAGCGAGGAGGACAUAUGGAAGCCAGAGUCGGCGUACAGUUCCUACCGGCACAAACACUACAUCACUGAAGAUUAUGGAGCUGAUGACGGCUAUCAGAGUAAAGACUACCUGGCUGCCUCCAUGCUCUUCAUGCCUGGUCACUUUGCGUGUGACAUCAUGUGGACCACCAUCAUCCCCGUACAUCCACGCUUACGCAUGGCCCCCAGCUUGGCUGGCAGCAAAGGCAUGCAGUCACUGCGAUCGGCACUUGCCGCUUUCUCCGUGGGGAAUCGCAAGAACAUGUAUGUUUAUCAAGAGAGGUCAACAGGAGCGGUCUGCUAUCUCAGGCUUAUCGAGGAGUCCGCUGCCACCAGAACUUCCUUUGAUUCCAACAAGGAGGGGAUUCCAUCGGCAGCAUCGCUUCAAUCCCCCGUCAUAGCGUCCCCCUUCAUGUCUCUCACACGCAGCCAGGAGCCUACAGCCACAACAGAUGAGCCCGUGACGCCGCGUGGGUGGUGGGACAGGCAGGUGUCCAUAGAAUCCGUGAGCUCACGGACGGCAGAAUCCUCCGCCCGUGCCGUCGGUCACUCGGAGAAGAACAUCCGCCUCAACGUGCACGGUGUUGUACCGGCCGGAGUGGAGGUGACAGGUGAGCUGCUCAAAGCUCUGCUGCGCCGUCUCCACGAGGCGACACUUGAUGUCAUCACCGUGAUGCUCGUGCGCAACUGCAUGCUCACGCCCGCCGACGUGCAGUUCCUCCAGCCACAUGGGCAGGCACCGUCGGAAACCGUGCUGGUGUUGAUGCCGCCAAUGUGGGGCCCGCGCUUCCCGGCCGUCCUGCACUACCUCCGCCAGAACCUGCACACCUUCCUCCUCUCGCCCAAGUACAUCGACACCGAUCCUGAAAACCACUUCCAGCAUUGCCCUGACAAGAGAUAUUCAAAGGGAGAAAUUUACCUGUACAACAAGCCUGGCGGUCUGGGAACAGGAGGAAAAGGCAUCGCGUGUGUGGCUCUGUCUGUGUUGGCACCGCCCGCCGACACCGGUGAGAGCAGCACGGAAGAGAUGAAGAGAGACCCCCUGUCGGACACCGACCUAGACGCUAUGACCCAGGUCACUCUGGUCAAAGAGGGCAGCGAAGUACCCACAGGUGCCGUGUUCCGCUUCUCGCUGUGGGAGACGGGCACCAUCAGCAUGGUGCAGCUGUGCGAGCGACUCCGGGCGGCCGUGCUCCACGCGGUGUGCGAGGCAGCGCUGGAGUUCGCCGUCCUCACCGCCCCUCUCUCCAUCCCCGAGCUGUCCUCGUCGUCCUCGUCGUCGCCAACUGUCGUCAUUUAUGUCAUCGUCGCCAGCCGGAGCAUCGUCAUGUUCGGCAUCAUCACCAGCCGCAGCUCCAGAAACAUCAACACUAACACCGCUGUCGUCAUCAGCAGCAUCAUCGUCAACAUCAUUGUCACCAUCAGCAGCUGCAGUUGGAGCAUUGCCAUCGGUAGCAUCGUCAACAACACAAACGUCACCAUUAUCAUCGUCAUUGUCAACGGCAGUACCACAAUUCCCGUUGCCAUGACUUCUCCAGCCCCUGCCGCUCGCUCCCUCUCCAACCCCAUCCCGGGCGGAACGCGGGGCUCUCAACCCCCGCUCUCUCCUGGAAUUACAGCGGGUGUUUCUGCAAUGCCAGAGCUAGCCGGGACGUCUGGAACAUCGCAGGGAAAGUCUGCGAGGAGGAGCUUUUGGGAAAUAUUAGCGAACAAGACGGAUUCUCCAAAUGCCAGCUCGCCCAAGACUACAGACGACAUUACCUCAAAUCCACGUGACGAGGUGGGUGCGGGGCGACGCCGGCGGCAUAAGACUGGCACAGGGGCGCAGAGCGAUGCGGCUGCGAGUCCUGCUGGUAGCGGGACUACCUGGCUCCACCAGGAGAUUGCACGCAGGCAGGAGGAGGAGAAGAGGCAGCGCCUGGAGGAGGGUCUUGUUGGAGUGCUCCACCCAGCCUACAUGGGGCCUUGCCAACGAUGGCUGGAAUUUAUGCAUCACAGAGGCUGCCCAUCAGUACAGCGCUGUGAGAUGGAGCUGUCGUCGCGUCUCCAGGUCGACCGUUUCCUCGCAGAGACCGAAAACCUCGUGCACGGCGCAGCCGAGGACACGAGCGUGCGCGUCUACAUCAGGGACAGUUGCGGCACAAAGUGGCACACCUAUCAGCCUUUCCAGGAUAUGAGCGUCACCCCCGGCCUGCAAAGAAAGUUUGUGAUUUUAGCGCGGAGCAUCGCUCAAUGGAGAAGCAGCGGCAUCAGCUCUCUGGCACCUUUCCUGGAAGAAUGGUCUGCCUCUUCCCUUCCUUCUAUAAAACCCCACAAGAGCCUACAGCGUUUUGAAGCGCUUGACACAAUUGGAGGGGAGAAAUCAUCUGACCAGGGAGGCGCAGUGCAUUCUGGGAAGUCGGGGCAGACCAUCGCUCCCCGUCAGAGGUUUCUCGUUUUCAGCUUGGACGAUAGAAAGUUGUCCCUGCACACCUACAACUGGUCAUCAGAGCUGGGUGCAGGUGUCAUGCGUGGCACCUCCCGUCUCGUGCACUGGCUCAACGCUCGCUCACACCUCCUGAUGUGCCUGCUCAGCCAGAAGAUGGGCCUCUUCCACCACUACUACUACGGCGACCUCCCUCCCCCCAGCGACCCCGGCAAGCAGAUGGAGCUGAACCCUUUCCUACAGCCUCCGUGCGAGGCGGAUGCCCUCAUCAGGAGUUCAGCCCCCCCUCCUCCCAAGGAUCCCACAUGGGCCUCACCCAUGGGUCCUGGCAGAGGUCUCCUGGUCUCUGGUUCACUACUACUGCUGCUGCUGGUGGGUGGCGGCGGUGGUGGUGGUGUUGUUGGUGGUGUUGUUGGUGGCGGUGGCGGUGGUAGCGGUGGUGGUGGCUUGGCUGUGGGGGCCGCACCAGCGUCGUUGGAGCUGCUGCAGCUGGACGAGGCGCUGCGCGACGUGGUGGCGCCAAGGCCCAUGCGCCUGGCUCCGUACGGGGCCAGCGGCGAUGCCGUGACGAGGCACGGGGAGCAGUACCGCGAAAUCCGCUCGCACGAGCGCAGGGAGAUUGAAGCGCAGUGUAAGAUUGAGAACCUGUUCAUCACGUGGCAGCAGAGGUCGGCCCAGUCCAACAUGCCCAUCACGGUGUCCGAGUUGGAUCUGCUUCGGCAGUCUUCGCGGCUUGUUCACUACUGUGCUACUCCGCUUGUUUUCGACCCAGCCACUCACUUGACCGAUGCUGCUGCUGCCAACAGUGUUCCUCCAAUGGUACCGCAUUGCUCCCCGCCCAGUGGCACCAGCGACAUCGCUGCCCCCACCUCUACCACUGGCUCUACCCCUACUACUUAUACUACUGCUGCCCACAGCCUUACCCCUGGCCCUGCUGCUCCUGCUGCUGCUGCUUCUGGUGGUGGUGGCGGUGGUGGGGAGGCCUGGCUGCUCGAGUUGUGCACGGCUUUCAUUCAGCAGUACGUGCAGUACCUCCAGAGCCUCGGCUUCAUCCUCGUGCAGCUGCGUCCCUCAACACCUGCACGCAGGUCAUCGGUCUCCGCACGUCCACGCUCGUCUGCCUUCUCCGUGAACAUCGGGACAUCGGACGGGAAGCCCCGUUCGCAGAGACCCUGGCCUGAGAGCAGCACCAAGGCUGCAGGUGGUGGCGUGUCGUCACUCAUGUAUCACCUCCAGCGAGCCCUGCCCGGUGGCCUCGUGCUGAUGGAACUCGGGUUUCAGAGACAUUUCUUCACGGUGAAGCAAUUCGCUCUCGAAUGUUCUCGAUUCCCAGUCGGGCAGUCUCUCAACCCACAGGGUUUCAUAGGAUUGAAAGCGCGUAUGAAACAUUAUGUGGAAGGGAGCACAAUAUCAGAAUCUGCGCUGUCGAUGUUGUUCACGGAGGAGUGCGAGCGCGUUCGCGAUCUGAUGCACGUGCACUCGUUCAGCCAUGACUUCCACCUGCGCGUCGCUCACCACUACCUGCUCGGCCGCCAGCUCACGUUCCCGCGCUCGUACGCCCUGGGAGCUUUCCUGCACCGGUUCGCACGCGCCCAUCGCAGCGCCCCCAAGUACGGGCGGAACCACCUGCUCACAGGUGAGCUGGAGCUUAGCGUGGGGGGCACGCCCGCCCCCCAGCUCUACGCCUACAUGGUGGAGCAUGCUCACACCUACGGCUUGAAGCCACUCACCAUGGAGAGCGGCCCCGGGCCUUGCUCCCCGGGAGGCCUGGCCCUCGAGUUCGCCCUCGUCGCUCUCUCCACCAGGUCGGGCUCCUAUAAGGAUGCCGAUGGCGUUCGUCAUUUUGAUGACUUUGAUGUCUCGCUGAUCGUGAGGCAAGACACCUCGAACCUGUACACUCAAUAUGAGCAGGAGCAGCAGCAGCAGCAGCAGCAGCAGCAGCCUGAGCCACAGCAGCAGCAGCAUUCCGAUCUGAAGCUGCUCUACUGCCUGGUCAUGACGAGCUGCCGCGAGCUGUUCCCGCGCCUCACGGCCGACAUGAGUCGUUUCCGCAAGCUCCCCCGCUCCUACCGCCCUGAGCAGCAGCAGCAGCAGCAGCUGAAGGAACAGCAGCAGCAGCAGCAAAAACUCGAUGGACAGCAGCAGCAGCAUGCGAAGAUGAAACAAUUGCAACAGCUGCAGCAGGAACAGCAGGAGCAACAAGUGCCUCAACAGUUGACACAACAACAGCUGCAUGACGAUGAUGAUGACGACGAUCGUCAGCAGCAGCAGCAGGAGAACAUGAAAGAGCAACAGCAGCAGAGGUCAGAGGCGUGCCCCCUUCUGCUGCAGCAGCUGUUGAGGCGCACGGAUGGAGCAGCAGAGGUGACAGCAGGGCCCCGCGAACAGCACGCGCAGAAGAGCAGCAGGGAACUGCCAUUGCCACUGCCCCCCUCCUCCACAUCCCCAUCCUCUUCCUCCACCUCGUCCUCCCCGCCGCACCUCCCGCUCUUCCCACUCCUCGCCAGCGAGAAGGAGUCGGCGCUCGCGCGCAUCCGCUCGGUGGUCGCCCUGGCACGCUCCCAGUGCCGCCGGGACUCGCUGUGGCAGAGGCUGCUCCUGGCGGCCGACUCCACUUCUGAAGCCUACGCGGCCCCGGCACCGCCGAUGGCAUCUCCCUCGGCAGCAACGUUGACAUCGGCGUCUUCGUCGCUGGCCAACAGUGGGGGUGGAGCGCUGGGUGGAGCGGGGGAUGGUGGGGGAGCCGGGGGCGGGAGUGGCGGUGGGGGGGCGGCGGCGGCGGCGGCGGCGGGGGGGGGAGACCUCUCGCUGCCGCUGCGAGCCCUGACCCCGCUGAGCCAGGCAGAGCUCAGGGAGCUCGUGGAGGCCGUGAGCUGCAGGCCGCUCAAGCAGCUCGACACACGACUCGAGUUCUUUGAGACCCUGGCUCCAUCCUGGUACCAGGGUCUCAUCCGCUUGCUCCAGGGCAGGUUCUCUCACAACUGUCGCCUCUUCAACAAUGCUGACGGCAGCGUUCAGUACCUGGCGGUGUUGAAUCAGAAGUUCCCCGACUGCUGUCUGCUCGUUCAUGUUGAUCUUCACAACAACCACACAAGCAUGCAGGCUGUGUUCAGGGAGUGGCCUCAGCAGCAGCAGCAGCAGCAAGGCCUUGUGCCCUCGGCAGCAGCCGAGUGUGGGUCCGUGCUGACCCAGCACCUCUACCCACACCUGGAGGCCCUAGUGAACGCCGCGUGCUUCUACCUGUGGACCGGGCUACUCUGAUUGGCCGGUCGGCAGUGAACUGUGGGACGGCCGCCCCCGCUGUUCUCCAGUGCAUUAUUGUAUUCGCGCACACGCCGGUACAUGCGCAGACAGCCCGUGUACGCACACGUGUACAUACAUACACGCACGUUUAAAUGCACAUACUUGUAUACGUGCUUAUUCUGUACAUACACAAAUACAUACGCACGUAUAGAGGCACGCAAAAACAAUAUCCUCGUGUAGUCUUUUAACAGACUUUUGGGGUGAGUGCUGUUUGUGAGUGCCGGUACAGCGCACGAAGGGGUGGUGUGGCCUACAGCACAUUGGGCCACCGUUGUGUGUCCCCAGUGCUGAUGUUUACACACUGUGCGGGGCACUCGUCGUUUAAAGCAAAGUCGACUUGGGGGAGACCCAGGAUGGGUGUGGAUGGACACUACUGAUGUUAGCCGUGGCUGGGCAUUGGAACUCAGGUCGCCGGGUUUGUGUAAUACAUGCACAUAUAGGUAUAUAAACACAUGCACAUACACAUAAUUAAGCACACAUAUACACACUUAAACCUACAGACUUGCAUACAUGCAGUUGCACACCAAUACACACUACAUGCCAAAAUACACACAAACACGCUGACAGUCAUAUAUUUGGCUGUGCAGUCCAUGUCUCUCGUAAGAGAAUAUGAUUCUCAAUAUCCAGAUCAAUGUGAAGCAUCAGUGCUGUAUAUUACAUCAGUUUGUCGCCUGUUAAGGCAAUAGAGACAAUAGUUCUGUCAUAAAUGAGCUGUUCAUGCCAUCCCAAUAACAAUAUAUUCAAACAUCACCUCUCUAAAAGUUAGUGUGAUUGCCUAUGUAUGGCCAUUGUGUAUCGUCUUAAUAAGUGACAUCGUUACGGAGAUCCUGGGUUCGAGCCCUGCGUCUGGGUUGAUCUCAAGAAGUUCACAAUGGCCGUGUUUGGACACACUCGGCCAUUAAUGCCGCUGAGAAGCUGGCUGCAGAUCCUGCCUCUGAUGUAAACCUAUAUAUAUAGCCUCAACAGAGUGUUGGGCCAAGUGCUGUUAGCGAGCACCUAUGAAGGCCGGCACUGCACACGGAGAGGGUGGGGGGUGGGUGACCAGCACUAUGCCCAGUCCCCUUUGUGUCGGUACUCAUUUGAGGCUGAGUCGACCUAGGGGAGAGGCCCAGGACCGGUUCAGAUAAUCCUAACUGGUGUUGGCUGUGAGUGGGAAUCGAACUCUGGUCUACUGGGUUCGUAUUGCAGCUCUCGCCAUCUUCAACCCUGGUCACCAAUGGCUGGACGCAGAAAAAAAACCUCAUUUAUAAAAUGUCACAUUACUUCUGCCGAGCCCAGUUGUGAGGGCUCCCAGUUUUUAAACGCAGCGGCCACGAAGAACCACAUCAUGAGAUUGCGCUCACGAUUCCACAAGGAAGUUGAGUUGAAAAAAAUAAUGUUAUUACUUUGAAGUCACCGCAUUGAACAUAAUAAAUAAAAAAUUGUUUGCAGUA